AUGGCUACAUUUACCGGCAAGACUACUGGCGCCGAUGUCGUCAGAGAAUUCAGCGACAGAGUCAAAGGCAAAACGAUUGUGGUUACAGGCGCCAGUGAGAAGGGCCUGGGAGGCGAGACAGCAGUCGCGCUUGCCUAUGGCCAUCCCGAGCAUCUGAUUCUUCUCGCUCGAUCCCAGCCGCGCGUCGAGUCGAUCAUUGCCCGCAUCAACGGGAUCGACUCCUCCAUUAAAGUGGACUUCGUCCCUGUCUCUCUCAACGACUUUGAUUCCGUUCGCGCUGCCGCCGCCACGAUCAACGGCAAGAUCUCCAAGCUCGACAUUCUCAUCAACAAUGCCGGAAUUAUGGCCAUUCAAGAAUACACGACCAACAAGAACGGAAUUGAGAUUCAGUUUGCAACCAACCAUCUGGGUCACUUCCUAUUCACCAAGCUCCUCUUUCCCAAGAUUCUCGCGGCCGGCUCCGGGUCCAGGAUCGUGAACCUGACGAGUCUUGGUCACAAGAUUGGGCCCGUGCGAUUCGAUGAUUACAACUUCUUAGAGGGGAAAGAAUACGACCCGUGGUCUGGCUACGGCCAAUCUAAAACCGCCAACAUUCUCUUCUCACUCUAUCUGGCUAACAAGCUCCGUGAUCACGGUAUCCAGAGCUACGGUGUUCACCCUGGCUCCAUCUAUGAGACCCAACUCGGGAACCAUCUAACCGACAUUGCUGUCGCGCUUGCUGCCAUCGAAAGUGUUGCGCAGAAAAACACGGGCAAACAUUUUCCACUCGAAGGUGAAGUCCGGAAGAGCAUGGCUGAGGGCAUUGCCACGACAGUUGUGGCAGCCCUGGAUCCCAGGAUCGAACCGCAGAGUGGAAUGUAUAUGGCAGACUGUCAGCCUCAGAAGACGUAUGAGUAUGCAGAAAGUCUCGAGGCGGCCGAGAAAUUGUGGAAGUUGAGUGAGGAACUGGUUGGUGAGAAAUUUGACAUCUAG